ACAAUACCAAAGCGCUGCCGAGUUGUUUUUGUGUUCCCAGCUCUCGGGAAAAGCCGCUGGGAUUUCUCUACCUGGCCGGCCCCUACCUGCGUCCGAGGGGACCCGACAUCCCUUCCCAAAGCUCUGCCAAGCUGCGCAGCGACGGGAGCUGACAUUUCUGAGGCAGUUCUGAUAGCUAUCGGAGUUGGGCAGAGGGAAGCGCGACCGGAGGGACGCAGCCAUCAGCGACGGCGGCAGGCCCCGUCCGGGGAUCUUGGAAACGCUGCGGUCCAUCAUGAAGUUCCAAUAUAAGGAGGACCAUCCCUUUGAGUAUCGGAAAAAGGAAGGAGAAAAGAUCCGGAAGAAAUAUCCGGACAGGGUCCCUGUGAUUGUGGAGAAGGCUCCUAAGGCCAGGGUGCCCGAUCUGGACAAGAGGAAGUACCUAGUGCCCUCUGACCUCACCGUUGGCCAGUUCUACUUCUUAAUCCGGAAGAGGAUCCACCUGAGGCCUGAGGACGCCUUAUUCUUCUUUGUCAACAACACUAUCCCUCCCACCAGCGCCACCAUGGGCCAGCUGUAUGAGGACAACCAUGAGGAAGACUAUUUUCUGUACGUGGCCUACAGUGACGAGAGUGUCUAUGGGAAGUGAGUGGCGGAAGCCGGCAGAUGGGAGCACGCGGACUCGGGGGUAGGGGGAGGGGCGUGUGUGGGACUUGGGGAAGGAGAGGGAGGGCUCCCACGGUGGAGGAGACAGAAGGGGAAGACCUCUGGAAACACUACACCACGCACACCGUCAUCGUAUUUUCACAUGCCCAAUUGAUAUUUUUUUGCUGCUUCCUCGGCCCCGGGGGGGAAAGCAUGUCAGGACAGAGCUGUUGGCUUGGCUUGGAUAGACGAACGGAGAUGAUUUAAUUUUCACAUUUCGGAAUAAACUUUCGUGUCACCUCGCAGAAGAGGCAGGAGGCGGGCCAGUUGGGGCCAGAGAUGAUUGGGGACCACCAGUGACUUCCUGCUCUCCCUCCUCUUUGGGCAGAGGUUCUAUUUUUGACACUUGCACAAGAUAGGUAGAGAAAGGGGCUGCGGAUGUGUUAGGACUUCUGGUAGUAGGUCAUUCCUAGGGACCAAAAGAGACCCGUUGUAGUUAAAACAUUGUGACCCUGAUCUCCCGUCUCCACACCUCCCCCAUCCCAGUCGUUCUCCCACAGGGUGCUGAUAGACGUGGGGCAGACAUUUAGAUGGCACGUUCUCCCCACUGGAAAACGGGGGCCAGCCAUGAGGGACGUUAUGGUUAUGAAUAUGGUUUCGAUAGCAUUAAACUGGAAUUGACGAAGUUGGGCAUCUCUGUCUAACCUGCUCUCUCUCUGGUGCCCCUUAUCCCGUACCUACCUUGGACAUUAAUGAGCCACGGCCGUUUCCAGUUACGGGCUAGAACCACUCCUUCAGCGUCUCCCAAACUUGGCUCCACGUAUAGGGGACAGAGUUGUCUUUAGGAUGGAAGGGGCAGGUGUGAGGUGAGACCGAUGGGCCACACCUCCCACUCGGCCAGGAUUCUUGCUCCCUUGUUGCUGUCCCUUUAGUCCCAUGCACACCGAAACGCUAAGUGAUGGCCAGCUGCUUCCUUACUUGGGUUUUCAUUGACUGCAGCUGCUAGUUAGGAAAGUCUGAGGGGAUGAUUUAGUAAUUCAUGGGGAUUCUACUGAUUCUGAGUAUUUUCACUUCGGGGAUUAUAUGGGUGGGGGUGGGGAGCAGGAGUGGCACCCAGUCAUGACAUUUCAGUUCAUCUCUGCUCAUGCCAAGGGUCCUUCCUGUGGGUGAAAUCUGUAUCAGUUCUGUCAGCUGCAGAUUCUUGUGUAACGAAGUUUAUGCUGUCAGGCCAAGGAAAUAAAAUAAUUGCAUACCUUGAAAACCAA